AUGGCCGCUCCCUCGGUGAACACGGACUUCGACGUGAAGAGCAUCUCGAGCUCCACGUCCGAGGAGAAUACCCAUACCCUCAGUACGGUUACUUCUCUGCCUAUCCGUAAGGAUACUAAGGAAGAAUUGCCAAAUACUGGCAUGAUGUGUGAUGUCAAGAACCUCUGGGAAGGGAAACAGAAAUGUGCUUGCUGCACCAACUGGAUCGAAGAAUACCCUGAGGAUGUGAAACCCAACCCGGAGGAAACCGAGGCUGUUCAGCGAUAUGCACUCAUUGUUCGGAAUAAGAAGGGCCACUCGGGCGGCAAAGCUAUGGUUGUGAGCUCCAUCGUCGUUCAAAGCCCGCUCCUGAAACCUCUUCUGGAAGAAGUCUUCGAAGACUAUGAGGGAAUCACUGCAGGCCUUCAGAAACUCACAUUCACGAAGCCUUUCGCGCCCUUCUUCUAUCGUUGGGGCCAAUUCAGAAAAGCUGUCAAAGGCGUGCAAGACGAGGAGACUCGUGCGCAUGCUCAGCUGCUCUACAACGUGCUCUCAGGAGAACUGAAUGAUACAAUCAACACCUGGCAAGACCAACUGAGCCAUGGAGUAAUUACAUUCUCAUACCUGUGGACGCUAUUCAAGCCUGGCGAUAUCUUGCUAUGCCGCCUCAAUGGCCAAGAAAUGAUGAUGAAGCUCCAGAAGACCGAGUACGAAUCUAACAGUUUCGUCCUUUACGCCAAGUAUGUCGACUGGAGCGGCUUCUCUUUUGGCUACGCCUCUCAUACCUUCAAUCUCCAUCAUUUCGAUGGCACGAAGUCAAUCACAGACUUGGAUGCCUAUCCAAUUCAAUUCAAUAGCGAAGCUGCUGCAAUUGAGAGCCGACUUUCAGCAAGAGGAAAACGUUUUGAGGAACUGCAAGGUCUUCAUUAUAAAUUGUAUAAGGGUUUUGCCGAAUUGAUACCUGCCGUAUUCGGAAAACGCAUCGUUCCGGCACGUGAGCGAACGGUGGAUGGUCGCAUUAUCAUUCACGCAGAAAUGUACAAUCGCUUCAAUCCAAGCGAAGCUUGUCCGCUGGAACCACUUGACUCGACCUCAUUCGCUCCGAAUCUGCCCGUGGAGAUAGAACAACCGCAUGUAACCAACCCAUACAUGCCUCCACCACCACCCCCUCCUCCACAUUACCCCCCCGGGAUGUAUCGACCCAAACGCCUUUCCGAGGAGUACUACCCGUUGUGUACUCCAAUUUUGAAGGGGUACUCGCUCAAGACCAAAAACUGGGCCAAAUUCCAGGUUGAUAAUGUGCACGAGAUUGUAUGGGACGACCGCGCUUUUGACAGCCUUGUGCUUCCACCAGGCUACAAAGACUUGAUCCUAUCUUUUACAAAGGGCCAAAACUCGAGCGAAGAGCGCUUCGACGAUGUUAUCGAAGGAAAAGGCCAAGGCAUCGUGAUGCUCCUCAAUGGAGAACCAGGAGUCGGCAAGACUUUGACUGCAGAGUCAGUGGCUGAGCAUAUGCGAGUUCCACUUUAUUCAAUGUCGGCCGCACAGCUGGGUGUCGAUUCCACUAGUGUGGAACAAACCCUGGGUGACAUUCUUGAGAUGACGAUGAAAUGGAAAGCAAUCCUACUUCUCGAUGAAACGGAGGUGUUCCUCGAGCAACGUACCAUCAAUGGGCUGGAAAGAAACAAGCUAGUCUCAAUCUUCCUCCGCAUGCUCGAAUACUAUCGCGGCGUCCUCUUCCUCACCACCAAUCGAAUCGCCGUUCUCGACAAAGCGUUGGACUCUCGGAUUCAUCUAAAGAUUUCGUAUCCUGAGCUUGACCGGACCGCUCGACUGCAAGUCUGGCGUAAUUUGAUUGAUCUAUUGCCUCCUUCAUUGGUCGGGCUAGAUUCGGCGGAUCUAGAGUACCUGGCCGAGCGCAAGAUGAACGGGCGAGAAAUUAAGAACGUGAUCAAGGCAGCGCAAUUACUCGCCAGCGGAGCAGAUACAUCGCUGUGUUUGGAACACGUUCACACCGUAUUGAGAAUUACCCAGAUUGGAGAGGACUUGGGGAUCCAGGUUUGAGGCGAAGCGGAGGCAAGCACGAUAAUCAGCGGAUGCGUUAAUGUAGUUUCAUAUGGCGAGAAAUUGAAAAAGAGAGAUGGUUAGUGCAUCUGGUGUUACUUUAUACUGAUUCUCGCCUUUCUCGAGGAGAUGAAGGACCAGGGGCAGGGCGCGGUCUGCCACACCCCUGCAUCGAAUCGAUCGGGAAACGGCCAGCCCGCAUAUUACCCCAAAGCCAACCUGUCCUUGCGAAUAUACCACCGCCGGCCGCCAAGCCGCAGAAUUGUUGCCACAUAAAUUACAUCGAAUGCAAGGCCGAGACCUCGUUCUGUAAGCGCAACGUUUCCCUGGAUAUCGGAUACUGGGAAGCGGUCAGACUACCUGG